CACCAAUCACCAACCAUCUUCACUCACUUCAUCUCUCCUACUCACACAAUAUUUUGACCGUUGUUGUUUUCUUCAACGUCUCUCUCCUUCUUCACGCUCCGCAUCUUCUUCUUCUGUAACAACACCUGAAAGUUCUCCAACAACAAUUUACAUACAAGUCUUGAGCUUUGGAAUUGUAGCUAAGACUGUAAACAGAAACAGAGAGAGAUGGGAUGUUCUAAUUCAAAGCUAGGUGACGAUGAAGCUGUUCAGAUCUGCAGAGACAGGAAGCGUUUCAUCAAACAAGCAGUGGAACACAGGACAAGCUUUGCUUCUUCCCACAUUGCUUACAUCCAGUCUCUAAGAAAAGUUUCAGACGCUCUACGCGAAUACAUUGAAGGAGACGAGCCACACGAGUUUGUUACUCCAGUGAAGAUAAUGAGCAGCACCUCAGAGGGCUUCAUCGAGUCAAAACUGGAAGUCAGUUACUUGAUGGCUAGUGAAACCAGACCGGUUCAAGUUGAAGAAAAGCCUCCUACAUCACCUGAGACUUACCAUGUCGAGAGUUAUGGAGCAGAUAGUUUCUUUGGGAUGAACAUGAACAACAGUCCUAACAUACCACCUCCUUCGCCGCAGAACUCUCAGUGGGACUUCUUUUGGAACCCAUUCUCUUCGUUGGACUAUUACGGAUACAACUAUGAUAACCAAAGAGGUGUGGAGGAUGAGGUGAGGCGAGUUCGUGAGGAAGAAGGGAUCCCUGAUCUUGAAGAAGAAGAAGAUGAAUCUCUUCAUACCCUGAUGGAAGCAACAGAAGAAGACUGUAAGACGGAUCAAGAAGUCAAAGUCAGGGAGGUUGAAACUCAAGAACAAGAACAAGGAGACAGCAAUGUGGUUAGUACAACAGAUGAUGAUGCAAAAGGAGAAGGCUUCACUGUGUACUUGACUCGUAGGCCAACGAGCAUGGGGGAAGUGAUUAAAGAUCUUGAAGAUCAGUUUGAGAUCAUAUGUAGUGCUGCUAAUGAAGUUUCGGGUUUGUUGGAAGCUAGUCGAGCUCAAUACAUAUCUUCUAAUACUGAACUCAGCGCCAUGAAAAUGCUGAAUCCAGUAGCUUUGUUCUCAUCGAGAUCUUAUUCCUCCACCUCCUCAUCAAGAUUCUUGAUCAGCUCUGAAAGCAGCAGCAGUGAGUUUUCAGAAGAGUCUUGUAUGCUUUCUGGUAGCCAUCAAUCAACACUGGACCGUCUAUACGCUUGGGAGAAGAAACUCUAUGAUGAAGUUAAGUCUGGAGAACGUGUAAGGAUUGCAUAUGAGAAGAAAUGUUUGGCGCUAAGGAACCAUGAUGUGAAAGGAGACAGCUCUUCUGCGGUUGACAAGACAAGAGCUACAAUGAGAGACUUGCAUACUCAGAUGAUGGUCUCGAUACACUCCAUUGAGUCUAUCUCCGAAAGGAUUGAGACUCUAAGAGACCAAGAACUGCUUCCUCAGCUUCUUGAGCUUCUUCAAGGGUUAGCUCGGAUGUGGAAAGUGAUGGCAGAGUGUCACCAGAUACAGAAGCGGACGUUGGACGAAGCCAAGCUGUUACUUGCUGCAACCACGCUCAAGAAGAGACAACAGAGUUCAUUACCGGAGAUCAACACUCAGAGACUAGCUCGGUCUGCUUUAAACCUAGUGGCUCAGCUAAGAAACUGGAGAGUUUGCUUCCAAGCGUGGAUCGCUUCCCAGAGAUCGUACGUGUUGUCUUUAACCGGUUGGUUGCUCAGAUGUUUCAGAUGCGACCCUGACCCAGAGAAAGUCAGACUAACAACUAGUCCUCAUUUGAUCUAUGAAGUCUGCAUUGGAUGGUCAAGGCUGCUCAACGGGAUGAACGAGAAGCAUGUGGUGGAUAAACUCGAUUUCUUUGCAUGUGGGAUGGGUUCUAUCUUUGCUAGGCAGCUUAGAGAAGAAGAUCAGUCUCAGGGAAGAGAUGGUUCGAGGAGCAUGGAGCUUGUUGAAGCUGACAAGGUGGUGGAAGAGGAGAUGAUGAAUGCUGAGAAACUGGCUGAGAUUGCAGUGAAAGUACUCUGCCAUGGAAUGUCUGUUGCAGUGAGCUCACUCUCUGAGUUUGCCAUCAGCUCAGCUGAUGAACACAAAAAGCUCGUUAGCCAUCCAGAGGACGCUACAUCAGAGAAACAUCAGGAGCACACGGAGGUGUAAAUUGUUUUUUUUUUCUUUUGGUUUUCUUGUUCAUUUCAUUUAUUUGGUUUUGUUCUUUAGGUUAGGUUAGAAGUUUAUGAUCUUAUUAGGUUAGUUAUCCAGCUGCAUGUUUUUGCUAUCAAAAGAUGGAUGGAGAUGUAUUAAUCUUUUUAUUAUUUAUUCAAUAGAGCUAAUAUGCGAGGU